AUGAGAUCUAAAUGCGCAGAGCACAGAACUGGGAACCAUCGAGUAACAUUGGCAGCAAGGGUAAUGGCCUGCUCUUCGGGCAUCAGAUCUAAAAAAGGGAUACACCCAACUCCUAGUUUAUUACCGUCUCUUCGGGGAGUCCAAGUUUCUCUCUCUCGCCUUGGCUUUUGGUCGACCAUGGCCUGGGGACAACUAUCUGUCGCCCUCCCAGCACCAACAGACGGUAAUCUCGCUCCCUCUGCCUCUGCUGGAUUGGACAUGGAUGUCCCCAGCUCUCUAUCCCGCACCAGUAGCCAAUCCCCGGCCAGGGCUAGCUAUACGGGAGGUGUUAGCGUUAUUCACCACCAGCAUCGACGCCGUCGCAGGUUUUUCAAGUCCAGCCAUCCAGUGACAAUUCAAGAUUCCUGUGUGAAAACGCUGGAUCGACAGAGAAUAGUCCAAGCCCUCUGCCGCGCCUGUGGAGACGUUUUGGGUGUUCUCCUCCUGUCCGUUAGGAGAAGAGAAAAACAAAGCAGGAGAGGGACCGCAGGCAUGAAGUCGAUGGUUGAACAGCUUCGACUGCUGUCUACCAAUAUCUGCAGGGUAUAUGCGCUGGACACUUGCUCCUCAACAGCUGCGACGUAUCCUCCACCGCCAUUUUUGCCUGGAGAUGGAGAAUAUGCAGGUCCAGUCGCACCUUGUCCCCGUCUCUCUCUCUCUCUCUGUGUGUGUGUGUGUGUGUGUCUCUUUUGUCCGGUGCCAUGCCCAGGUCACAGCAAUGUGGCGGUAUACCAAAAGGCUGCCCUGUUGACAAGCCUCCAACGGCCUGGAGGAAAGACAAAAACAAAGCCUUGA